AUGAAAGUCACACUGACCGUUCUUCUCUGCACGGUGAUGAUGAUGGCAACCGAAAGUAGUCCAUUGUUUUCACGAAAUUUGUCCGAUCGGAGAAACCCUUGGACGGAUGCUUCCUACCGGGAACGACUGCAAAGCUGGGGCCUUUAUCCAAAAGUAUUCCGAUACGGUACGACAAACCAUCAUGCGACCAUCAUGGAACGUAAGAGAGCCGAGCUAAGUUGGUUGAAACGAUUUGUCCGGGAAAAUGAGGAAAUGCGAGUCAAUCUGCCAGUGACCAUAGCAUCAUACGAGAACAGUGCACGUGACCGUCAGUACGAGAAAUUUAAGGAAAAACACUUUCAAAAGAUGGAACAGGAAGCACUAGAAGUUUUGUGGCAGCAUCGUUAG